GUAGGCGCAUGCGCAGCGAUACCUUAGGCACCUUCCCCGACGGUGAUAAUAUGGCGGCGCCCAGUUCGGAGGAGCCUGAUCAGCGGCCGCGGCCAGGGAGAAACAGCCGGAUCCUCCUGGUGCGGCAUCUGCCCGCCGUGUUGACGGCACCGGAGAAGGAGGAUUUACUGAGGCACUUCGGAGCGUCGUCCGUACGGGUCCUCUCCGACCACGGGAGGCUGAAACACACAGCUUUUGCUACUUUCCCCAAUGAAAAUGCAGCUGCUCAGGCUCUGUCAAGAUUGCAUCAGCUGCACCUCCUAGGCCACACGUUGGUAGCUGAAUAUGCCAAGGACCAAGACAACAAUCGGGCAUUUAGCCAGCCUUCGCUAUCUAAUAAUGACAAGAGCCUUGAAGAACCAGUGAAAGAAGAGAAAGAACGGAAGGAACUAAACUGCCUCAAAAUUGAAACUGGAAUCGCUCCUAGUCAUGGGUUAACAUUUCCCAUAAAUUCUUGCCUUAAAUAUCUCUAUCCCCCACCUUCAAGUACGAUCUUAGCCAACAUAGCAAAUGCCUUGGCAAGUGUGCCUAAGUUUUAUGUGCAGGUUUUGCAUCUUAUGAACAAAAUGAAUCUUCCACCUCCCUUUGGACCAAUUACUGCUCGACCUCCCAUGUAUGAAGAGUAUAUCCCCUUGCCACCUCCUAUUCCACCACUGCCGCCGGAGGAGCCUCCUUUGCCCGAAGAAGAUGACAGUCAGGAUUCCAGCAAAGAGGAGUCAGAAUAUGAAAGUGCAGAUGAAGAAGAAAAAGAAAGAUUUACAAAACUGAUGGAAUUAGCAAGCCUUCAGCCAAAACGACAGAUACCAACAAAGCCACAUCGUGCAAGAAAAAGGAGAAAGAUAAAAGACUUACUAAAUGUCUCCCUACCUACUCCCCACAGUAAUUUGCACCCUGCACUGUUGCCUUCAGACGUGUUUGAGCAACCGCAGCCUGUAGGUCCUAAAAAAAUUGAGUUUCACAUUUCUUCAGAUGUACCAGCCACUCUUCAGAAAAGCCAGGAGCACAAUGAUGAUGUUCAUGCAGUAGCUGAUGAAAUCUCUAAUGAAGGAUUUGGAAAAAUCUUUCCUGCCCCCAGUUCCAACCAUAAAGAAGAGAUGGAAGAAGAGGAGGAUGAAAUACCUUCAGAAUUCAUUUCUAAAAGAGAGCUGGAGAAAGGCAGAGUGUCUAAAAGAGAAAUGGAAACACUUUCUGUCUUCAAAAAUUAUGAGCCUGGUGAUCCAAAUUGUAGAAUUUAUGUGAAGAAUCUGUCGAAGCAAGUUCAGGAAAAGGAUUUGAAGUUUAUUUUUGGAAGAUAUGUUGACUUUUCAUCAGAAACCGAGCGUAUCAUGUUUGACAUACGUCUAAUGAAAGAAGGCCGCAUGAAAGGACAAGCUUUUAUUGGGCUUCCUAAUGAAAAAGCUGCUGCUAAAGCCUUAAAAGAAGUAAAUGGAUAUAUUCUGUUUGACAAGCCCAUGGUGGUCCAAUUUGCUCGAUCAGCAAGACCAAAGCCAGAUUCCAGAGAAGAGAAGAGAAAAGAUAAAGGGAAGCGAAUCUGAUGAACUGUUGUGCUUGGUGCUGUUGCCUUGGGUCAGAAGAUCAAAAAAUGACCACAUUUUUAAAGAACGCACUAUAAAGAAUGAGAACUGUAACAGAGAGGAUAAAAAGAUUAAACCACAUUCUGCUGUUCUUCCUUAGAAACAUUCCUGCGUAAAUACUGCAGUAAAACUGUGUCAUGCAAAGCGUAUCCUUUCUUGUUGUAUCCUUUUUUUGUGUAUUUUUUUUCCUGGAAAAAAAAAGUCCUAACAUUCUUUUCUAGCAUUGCAUUAGGCAGUAAAGUGGUAGAUCUGUAUUACCACAAUUUGUCAUAAUGCUUGUAAGCCAAGCCCCCUUCAUUUAGCAGGAUACUCAUGGAAGUUUCCAGCCUGCAAUAACUUCCUUUAAAACAACAACAACAACAUCGUUUAUAUUAAACAGCACAGUUCUGUAUGCCAGAUCUUCAGCAAGUAUAAUCUGCUCUGCUUACGUCGGUAGAGUUUAAAUGCUGCAUACUAACUGGAGACCUGGCCUUAAUUAUAUUUUGACAUUAUAUUACAGCGUAGAGUCCUCCAAUAUCAGUAUUUUCACCCGAGAAAAAUGAAGUCUGCAUUGUAAAAUAAUCCACCAUAUCUCUUGAGCAGGGACCUAUAGCUAGGCUGCUUUUAAUACGUUUUUCCAUAUCAGAUCACAAUUGAAACAGUAUUUUAUAAACAGCAAAGCAAAUUGGCUAACCCAGAAGGUAACAACCUUGCUUCUUCUGAACGUUGUCCUCAGACUGGUGCUAUACUCAAUACAGCAAAAUCUAGCAAUGCUGACAUACUUGUAGAGUUGCCCUUCUAUAAAAUAGAAGGGUUCUGUCUGUCUGUGAAAGGGUGUGUGAUCUCGAGGAAACUUCCGGCAGAGGAGGUGAUAGUUGCAAUUUCCCCUGCCUCCGUAAUUCCUUCCUGACACCACCUCUCCCACCGCUUGGAGGGUCAUUGAACCCUCUGGAGCAGCUUUUACAAGGGAAGGCAGAAUCAGCAAAAAUCGCUCCCUCUCCUUUCCUCCAGUGGGAGCACCUCCUGUGAGUGGAGACCCAGGAAAGUCGGAUCCAGACCUUUGCUUUUCUUAUUAGCCAAAGCUUUCAGCUUUUUGUUAAAGAAGCAUUUGUGUUUUUAACGCAUCUUUAAAUCAUUCCAGGUCCCUUUUGAGUUCCAUGUCUUUCAAGUGUGUUCAAGCUCUGGGAUGAAGAUGCAUGGUCAACUGAGCAGCCGAACAGUGCGUAACCGUAUUUAAAAUACAACAAAAGUCUCUGUGGUCUUUAGAUACGUAUGCUCUUCUAAACACUGAAGACCUCCCAAUCUGUCACAUAGCAGCUGUAGAAAAUGUUUCAAUUAAAGCUCUAAUAAAUUAUUCACUUUUGUA